AUUAUGCUGUUUAUUUCGUGUGUCUCGGAGACCCUCUAUUGAAGAACCACAGUCAUGAAUGGCUUGAGAGUCCUGCUUCGAAGCAACCUAUCCAUCCUGUUGCUGCUAGCUCUCUUGCACUUUCAGACUCUGGGUCUGGACGUUGAUAGUCGAUCUGCUGCAGACGUCUGUGCCACACAUACCAUUUCACCAGGACCUAAAGGAGAUGAUGGUGAAAGAGGUGACACCGGAGAAGAAGGCAAGGAUGGCAAAGUGGGACGCCGGGGACCAAAAGGAGUGAAAGGAGAACUGGGUGAUAUGGGAGCCCAGGGCAAUAUUGGCAAGUCUGGCCCUAUUGGCAAGAAGGGUGACAAAGGUGAAAAGGGUCUGCUUGGGAUUCCUGGAGAAAAAGGCAAGGCAGGUACCAUCUGUGACUGUGGCAGGUACCGGAAAGUGGUUGGACAACUGGAUAUUAGUGUUGCUCGUCUUAAGACGUCAAUGAAAUUCAUCAAGAAUGUUAUAGCAGGGAUCCGGGAAACUGAAGAGAAACUCUACUACAUUGUGCAGGAGGAGAAGAACUACAGGGAAUCUCUGACCCACUGCAGGAUCCGCGGAGGGAUGCUAGCCAUGCCCAAGGACGACGUUGUUAACACUCUUAUUGCUGACUAUGUCGCCAAGAGUGGCUUCUUCAGAGUGUUCAUUGGGGUCAAUGACCUUGAGAGGGAGGGGCAAUAUGUGUUCACAGAUAACACUCCAUUGCAGAACUACAGCAACUGGAAGGAGGGGGAGCCUAGUGACCCCUACGGCCAUGAGGACUGUGUGGAGAUGCUGAGCUCUGGCAGGUGGAAUGACACAGAGUGUCACCUUACCAUGUAUUUUGUCUGUGAGUUUGUCAAGAAGAAAAAAUAAUUGUCCUCAUGUCACCCUUUCCCUGGGACUUUUUAGUAGUUGCUUUUAUCUAUCUUUGCCUUCCUAAUUGCAUUGCUUUUGCUAAAAUGACGUAAGGGCUAUGACCCCCACUAUCUUCUUCUGUGUUAGUUGUGACAGUUUUGUACAUGAUGUUUACUUGGAACACUCUUGAAGAUCUUUCUCUUGCUUCUCUAUUUAACCCUCUAGCAUAACAGAAGGAAGACACUAGCACUCAGAAGGGGAAGGGAGAGGUAGUUCUGAAAUGAUACAAGUUAUAGGCCUUCUGUUAUAUUGCCCCCUGCUAUUAAUGACUCCAUUUUAUUUCAUAAACACGUUCCUGUAGACAUUCUUCACCUUCAACAUAAAUAAUCAAGAGGGAAGGGUUCAAACCUUCAGAAAACUCUAAAAGUGCUAAAGUACUACCCUCUCUAGUACUUUUAGAGUACCUCCCCCUUCCAGCUAAUACAUCAUUCAUGGAGAAAUUUUAUGGGAGGCCUUUCACUCUCUGUUAAUUAAUGUUGCUGGAGACACCCUUUCUAUUAUUUUGACACCACAGAGAUAUGUCUGGCACAGCAUUUGGAAUGUGCUAAGAGUCCUCAUUGACUGAGUUGGCGACAGUUUACCUUGAGUUGCAGAUCAAACCUCAAAGCGGCUUUAAUCUGGCAUUUGACAAUGAACAGUUGAACAAAACUCUAGCGUCUCUCCUUAGAAACGGAUGCCCUGCUUAUGGGUUGUGACACAUGAUUAGAUUGUUUAAAAUGCUGGCAGAACAGUUAAUGAAACAAGAGAAACAGAUCAACAACAUAUGUUCUCCUUAAACCACCUGUUUAUGACUUUGCCCAUGACUAACUGGUGGUGAGAAGAGAAUACUGCCAUUGGCUAUGUGAAUUCACCAAGACUCACAAGUACCCAUCCUACGGAGUCCAGAAAGAUGACAUAGAUAGAUGAACUAAGAGGGGUGAGGCCCCUAAUCCACUAGUCACAGUCUGCUCUUUGAAGGAGCCAACUACUUCUUAGCUGCUGCUGUUGAUGCCACCAAGGACCCAGAAUGACUCCAAGCCAGUAUCCUGACAUUUGAACUGAAGUCUAAUGGCUGGAACUUUAUAACUCCAUAUUUAUAAGUGUUGACAAUUAAUCAAUAUCUAACCUAGACUGUAAGACCUACAAAUGUCUGUUAACCAAAUUAUGAACUUUCCAUUUCCACCUCUGGGGAAAGUUCUGAAAGUUCUAAUUUUGCCAAGUGUCAUUAGGAAAUAAUGACUUCAACGUCAGGUCUCCCUUGAAUGACUUAUUCAGUUCAGCUCAAUAGGACAAAUUUGUUAAAUCUUUGACAUUUAUCAGGUUAUUAAAGUAGUCACAGAGUCUCUUUUGAGAAUGUGGCAUAGGAUAUUUUGAAGGCCGAGCAGUUUAAUAUAAUUACAAAUCAAGGCAUCACGCCAAAUACCAGCCAAGAUCUCAGAGAAUUGGAACACUCAGAAACAUGUGGAGGAAAAGAAAAGGCUGAGAGGAGAGAGAGACAGCCAAGUGCAAACCCAGCCUAGGGCGGCUCCUGUUGGAUUCAUGUUUACAAUUGCUCUGAGUCCCUGAAGUCUGAAUAUUUUGAACAUAUGGCAAAUGCUAUCAUUUCCAUUAUAAAUUUAUAAUGUUAACAAUCAUUCUCUCAGUAACUCAUCUCAGUUUGGAAGACAUUUCUCAGAGUAGAUGACAGUUUCAAGGAAUAAGAUCCAUUCAUUUCUGCCUGGAAGAACUUCUUAAGACAUUACAUCAGAACUCCAUGAAAAUGAGUACCUUUUUCUAUUUAUUUUUCAUGUGAGAGUGUCAGUAUAAAACCAAGGCUGUCCUUGAACUCAAAAUCUUCCUGCCUUAUACUCUUGGAUGCUGAUUGACAGCUAUGCGAUACCAAGCCCAGCUGAAAAUACACCAUUCAACGUGUUCUCUUUUAGGAGAACCUCUACACCUCUUUGAUCAAGGCAGAAAUAUUUACUGCCAUUUUCCAGUGAAGCACUGCAGCUGUAAGAAAGACCAUCCAGAGACUGCCCCACCCAGGGAUCCAUCCCAUAUACAACCACCAAACUCAGACACUAUUGUA